GGCGGCGAGGGCCCCGCGGGGAACGGUCAGGAGCCGAGCCGCGGCCGCGCAGGCCAGGCGCCCGGGGACCAGCAGGCGGCCGCGUCCUUGCUGGCCCCCAUGGACGUGGGGGAGGAGCCGCUGGAGAAGGCGGCGCAAGCCCGCACGGCCAAGGACCCCAACACCUAUAAGGUGCUCUCGCUGGUAUUGUCAGUCUGUGUGUUAACAACAAUCCUUGGUUGUAUAUUUGGGUUGAAACCGAGCUGUGCCAAAGAAGUUAAAAGUUGCAAAGGUCGCUGUUUUGAGAGAACAUUUGGAAACUGCCGCUGUGAUGUUGCUUGCGUUGACCUUGGAAACUGCUGUCUGGAUUACCAGGAGACGUGUAUUGAACCAGAACAUAUAUGGAUUUGUAGCAAGUUCAGGUGUGGUGAGAAAAGAUUGCCCAGAAGCCUUUGCUCCUGUUCAGAUGACUGCAAGGACAAGGGUGACUGCUGUGUCAACUAUGGCUCUGUGUGCCAAGGAGAGAAAAGUUGGGUGGAAGAAACAUGUGAGAACAUUACUGAGCCAAAGUGUCCAGCAGGGUUUGAAAUGCCUCCUACCCUCUUAGUGUCUUUGGACGGCUUCAGAGCAGAAUAUUUACACACUUGGGGUGGCCUUCUUCCUGUUAUUAGCAGACUAAAAAACUGUGGAACGUAUGCCAGAAACAUGAGACCAGUAUAUCCGACAAAAACUUUCCCCAAUCACUACAGCAUUGUCACCGGACUUUAUCCAGAAUCCCAUGGCAUAAUUGACAAUAAAAUCUACGAUCCCAAGAUUAACGCUUUCUUUUCACUUAAAAGUAAAGAGAUACAUAAUCCUAAAUGGUACAAAGGAGAGCCAAUUUGGAUCACUGCUAAAUCUCAAGGCCUGAAAAGUGGCACAUUUUUUUGGCCAGGUUCAGAUGUGGAAAUUAAUGGAAUUUUCCCAGACAUCUAUAAAAUGUAUAAUAGUUCAAUACCAUUUGAAGAAAGGAUUUUAGCUAUUCUUAAGUGGUUGCAGCUUCCUAAAGAUGAAAGACCACACUUUUACACUCUGUAUUUAGAAGAACCAGAUUCUUCAGGUCAUUCGUAUGGACCAGUCAGCAGUGAGGUCAUCAGAGCGUUGCAGAGGGUUGACAACAUGGUUGGCAUGCUGAUGGAUGGUCUAAAGGAGCUGAAUUUGCAUCAAUGCCUGAACCUCAUCCUUAUUUCAGAUCACGGCAUGGAACAAGGCAAUUGCAAGAAAUAUGUGUAUCUGAAUAAAUAUUUGGGAGAUGUUAAAAAUAUUAAAAUUGUAUAUGGACCUGCAGCUCGCUUGAGACCCGCUGAUGUCCCCGAUAAGUACUUUUCGUUUGAUUAUGAAGACCUUGCCAGAAAUCUUUCUUGCCGGGAACCAAACCAGCACUUCAGACCUUACCUGAAGCAUUUCUUACCAAAGCGUUUGCACUUUGCCAAAAAUGAUAGGAUUGAGCCCUUGACAUUCUAUUUGGAUCCUCAGUGGCAACUUGCAUUGAAUCCUUCAGAAGGGAAACAUUGUGGAAUUGGAUUCCAUGGUUCUGACAAUAUAUUUUCAAAUAUGCAAGCCCUCUUUAUCGGCUAUGGACCUGGAUUCAAGCAUGGCUUUGAAGUUGACUCUUUUGAAAAUAUUGAAGUCUAUAAUUUAAUGUGUGAUUUACUGAAUUUGACGCCUGCCCCUAAUAAUGGAACUCAUGGAAGUCUUAACCACUUUCUAAAGAAUCCUGUCUACACCCCAAAGAAUCCCAAAGAAACCCACUUCCUGGUACAGUGCCCCUUCACAGGAAAGUCCAGAUAUAACCUUGACUGCUCGUGUGAUCCCUCAGUUUUGCCAGCUGUGGACUUUGAGAUACAGUUGAAUUUGACUGUGGCAGAAGAGAAGGUUAUGAAGCGCAGCACUUUACCCUAUGGAAGACCCAGAAUUCUCCAGAGGGACAGCACAGUUUGCCUUCUUUACCAGCACCAGUUUGUGAGUGCUUACGGCCGUGACAUUCUGAUGCCCCGUUGGACAUCCUACACUGUUGACAGAAAUGACAGUUUCUCUACAGAAGACUUUUCCAACUGUCUCCACCAGGAUCUUCGAAUUCCCUUCAGUCCUAUCCAUAAGUGUUCAUUUUAUAAAAAUAACGCUGAACUGAGUUACGGGUUCCUCUACCCACCACAACUAAAAAAAGGUUCAAGUCAACUAUAUUCCGAAGCAUUGCUUAAUACUAAUAUUGUGCCAAUGUACCCGAGUUUUCAAGUGAUAUGGCAGUACUUUCACGGCACCCUACUGCAAAGGUAUGCAGAAGAAAGAAAUGGUGUCAACGUUGUCAGUGGCCCUGUGUUUGACUCUGAUUAUGAUGGACGAUAUGAUUCCUCAGAGACCCUGAAGCAAAAUAGCAGACGCAUCCGUAAUCAAGAAAUUCUGAUCCCGACUCACUUCUUCAUUGUGCUGACAAGUUGUAAUAACACAUUCCAGACUCCUUCACAGUGUGAAGAUUUAGAUGCCUUAGCUUUCAUUUUGCCUCACAGGACUGACAACAGUGAGAGCUGUGUGCAUGAGAAGAAGGACUCCUCAUGGGUUGAAGAGUUGUUGAAGCUACACAGAGCUCGGAUCAUAGAUGUCGAACACCUCACUGGACUCAGUUUCUAUCAAGAAAGAAAAGAGCCCAUUUCAGACAUUCUGAAGUUGAAAACACAGUUGCCAACCUUUGACCAAGAAGACUGAUAUUUUUUAUUCCAAAAACACAUCAUAAAUGUUUUUCAAAGAACCUGCUAUUUUAUACAGUCCUCUCUGCACACUGUCGCAUUUUUUGGAAACGGUCGACCAGAGUUAGAGCGGAGAACCCUCUGCCGUGCGGCCGUCUCAGGGAGCCCUGUGGCCUCGGCCUGGCAGCCCGGGAAAGCUCUUCUCAAGUCUCACACAUGCUUGAAUGUGUAAGAAUCGUUCCAAUUUGGGGAAAAAAGACAGACCGUACCUAAAACUGCUCUUCUAUUCUCUUGAGGGCAGAAGUAGCUGUGAACGUUGUAUGGACACCAGAUACUUGCACCUUAUUUUCACAAAUACACUUCUAUGGAUCUGGCAAACACGGCACUAAUGGCUAGGAUUGGAAUGAUCUGUGUUACAUCAGUCUCUUUACAAGAAUUUAAAAGUGAUUCUGGAUUCUUUUUAACUUGGAGUCUUACUCAUUUUAGUUUUCACCAAAAAAAAAAUAUAUAUUUAGUGGAAGCAAAAAUGUCUCUAAGGCCCUCUUCCUCUCUUUCUGUGUACCCUUUCAAAAGCCAAAGUAUGUAAUCCUGUGGGUUAAUUUUUUAAAUUGUGAUUUGGCAAUUUCAGAUUUAAUGUCUUUCACACGUGAAACUUGGAGGCAACAUCUGUGAAUUGAGUAGUAUCUACCUGCUAUAGAAUUUUACCCUACAUUUGUAUAAAGAAAAGAAAAAUAUUCCCAUCCUGCUCACUGGUAAAUAACAUAGGUUGAAAUAUCUUUAAAAGCGGCUGUUUAAGACUGAUCAAAAUGUCUGGAUGAAACUUCGGAGAACUUAUCAACCUAUGCAAAGUGGCAUUUUACAUCAAGACAGUAGGAACGUUUUCCUCUGUGCAUAAAAAUGACCCCACCAGCAGCAGAAUUCUGCUGCACUGUUCCUUUUGAAGUUCCAUAGAUUUGAAGAGAAUGUGUAGCCAUUGUUUUACAUCUUCUUGGUGGUCAUGACAAAUGAACUUGAUCCCUGUAUACACUAUACCUGUUCAUCACAGCCUGUGUGCCUUCAAUGGCUACUGUCAUUUUUGGCUGCCUGGGUUUGAUGUAGGUAUUCUAUGAAUACACCAAAAAUUUUUAUUUGUCUUUUGUAUGAUGAUCAUUUUUCAACAGACUAUGGCCACAAAAUCCUUUAGAUAAUACAAUUUGUAUCUAAAACAUAUUUAAUAAUUUAGAAAAUUUCAUUGGUUUUUGUUUUAGUCUCAUUGACUUUGAGGGUUUAUACAUUGUAUUGUUUUGUUUAUUUGAUUUUUUUUCCCCAGUCUUCUCUCUGUUCAGUUUGGGUCAUUUCUAUUGCUCUCUCUUUAAGUUCACUGGUUAUUUUCUCUCUCUAAUCCAUUUUGUUGGUGGGGGGCGGGGCACGGCAUUUUCUGCGGGGUGGGGUUUGCUGGAGUGGAGCAAUUACUGUUCUCUCUCUUGCUAGGCUACUUGUCUUCGAGUCCUUUGGCUAGAGAGCAGGCCUGUCUUAGGACUUCUUUUCACCUGCUCUGUUGGCGUUAACAGGUUGUGACUUCUUCAGCUCCAAGUCUGGGAUAUUUGAGCUACAAAAGCAAACUCAGGGGAACUUACCAUAAUUUUGUUCCUUGGGUUCCAGGGUCCCUAGCCUGCCUGCCUUCUCUCCACCUUUCAGAACCUUCCUAUUUUUGUUUCAUAUGUCAUACCUAAGCUUUUUAUCUGCACUUAGCAGAAGGAUAUAUACUUCUUUGUAGAAAUGUCUCGUUAAUUUUUAUAAAUUCUUCAAAUACAUGCAGACACAUAAUUGCCUCUCUGUAAAGCAUUUUAGCAGAUCUUAAUUAAAUGGGUAGGUGACUCUCGCCUUUGCCAGUCACCAGGAAUACGAAGAAUGACAAGUUAUAAUCCUUACAAUGUGGGGGAAGGAGAGGAGGCAGCAUAUGACUCCUAAGGCGUGGCAGAUGCUUCAGUGGAGCCGCAGGCAGGGUGCUAGGGAGGACAGAGGAGACGCUGGGUGGGACUUUGACAGGUCACAGCAGUAGCUUCCUAGAGAUGGUGGCACUGGGGCUAGAACUUGAAGGAUGAGCUGGAGCUCUUCAGGUAAACAGGCAAGGAAAGGGCAUUCGGACAUCCCUUGGAUAGAUGUUUUCAGCAUUUUACUGCUACUUUUGAUAUUUUCUACAGUUAUUGCUAUGACCAACUGUUGAUAUACAACUUUUAUUUUUCCUACAGUGUUAUUUUAAUCUCCUGUUCUUAAAAGUCAGAUUAUAAAUGAAGGCUGUGCUGACUCUUUAAAGGGCAUCCACAUCUGUUCCUACUUAGAUAUUUUUUUUUUCAGUUGCUUUUACACAAUCUUCUUUUUCCUUUUUUUUUUUUUGUCUUGAAAGAGAUCUCUCCUCUUACAAUUUCAUCAAUUGAAAACAUGUGACCAGCCUACUUCCCCAAUUUGAACGGUAAAUUCACAUGACUAUCUUUGAAAAUGUCUUUACCCUACUAUGUACAAUAAAAGUUAUUCUUUGCUUUCCACAUGCGAAGCAAAACCUUUAUUUAUCCCUAAUUUUAUUGCCAUGCCUCUGAUCAGUACUUCUUAAAUGAGGUAGGUAACUUCCGUGUAAGAUUUCAUAGCUAAGUCCGCUCACUCAUGGCAGAGCAAACAACCAGGUGGGACUUAAUAAUAUUUCUAAGUUUCAGAGACAAGAGGGCAAACCUUAGGGAGAAGAAGGCAAAAUGUUCAGGUCCCAGGAGGGCAGGUCAGUGUGUGAUGGACUGUUAGGCUUGUUGGUCCAGUUCUGUUUUAGAUGAGAUUGGAGCUAAGCCUACCGACUUCCCCAGGAGAGGCUGUUACCCCACUCCCACCCCCCACCCCCAGUCCUGACCUUUACUGUUUUUCUGUCAUUAGUUACAGCAGCUGUCGUGCCCUGUGGGUACGUGCUUAUCUAUAACAGGCAUUUGAACUUUGAAACUAAAUGUGGUGAUUGCACUUCAUGCUGAAACCUAGCACAGGAAUUGGGUAUAUGGGUGCUUUCGUAACCAUUAAGUAAAAUUUUUAAAUUUUAACAUGGUUACAGUCCAAGGACACUUUCCUUGUUUUUUUUUUUGGCAGUCUCAGUAUUGGAAGGGAGAGGGGACAAUCUAUAGAAUAAGUCUCUAAGCUAAGAAAUGUGGAUUUACCAAUAAAAGUUGUAUAAACAGAA